CGGAAUUGUCCCGUGCGUCGGCCGCAACCACCGCCGUCCAGCCGCCGACGGGUCGCCGGAAAACAGUCCCCGAUUAACCCCAAAUCAGUCCCCAACAAUUUCAACACACAAACAACACAAAUUUCACAAUCAAAUGCAAAAUUAAUACAAAUAAGAACGUAAUCUACGAAUUAACGCUAACGAUAGGUAUUUGGGCAACGAUUCACACCUCGAAAUUGGAAGAAACUUGAACCGGAGGUAGAAGGGGAAACCGUCGCUGCUCUCGUCGCGGCUCGCGCGUACGCCGGCGGGAUAGGGGAAGGAGAGUUCGUCGCCGGUGCUGGUUCCCUGGGACGGCGUCGACGGUGGCUGUGCUGGAAGCUGACGCCGGACGGAGCGGAGGGCAACGACGGAACCGGCAGCGAAACGAACGGGAAAGGAGAACGCGUAGAAGCAAGGGAUUUUCAAAGCUUUACCGCUGAAAAUUUAAAAAGAUCAUGGCCGGAAGAACAUUUCAACCUGGAGUUGCCGAAGGACAAUCCACGACAAGGCCACCACUCUUCGACGGCACAAAUUAUGCUUAUUGGAAAGAGAGGAUGAGAAUAUUCAUCCAAUCAAAUGAUUAUGAUUCUUGGUUGGUGAUCAAGCAUGGAGAGACGGUUCCCACGAAGAUUGUUGACGGGGUUCUUGUUCCAAAGUUUGAAACCGAAUAUACCUCAAAUGACAAAAAGAAGAUGCAACUAAAUGCAAAGGCCAUCAACUUUCUAUAUUGUGCCGUGAACCCGGAUGACUAUCGGAAAAUUUCAAGGUGCAAGACGGCCAAUGAGAUGUGGAAAAAAUUAGAGGUCACAUAUGAAGGAACAAGUCAAGUGAAGGAUUCAAAGAUCGACUUACUCACCCAUGAGUAUGAGCUUUUCAUGAUGAUGGAAAAUGAAACAAUAGAUGGCAUGUUCGAGAGAUUUUCAACUAUUGUCUCAAAUUUGGAUACACUUGGGAAGCAUUAUGAGGAUCAUGUUCUCGUUCGAAAAAUCCUUCGAAGUCUCACACCGGAAUGGAAGUCUACGGUCAAUCCUAUCAAAGAAGGCCGAGAUUACAAUACAUUGACAUAUGACGCACUUCGAGGUAAACUACUCACUUAUGAAAUGUCCAACUUUUCUAGUGCAGCGGAGAUCAAAAGGGAUCAAAAUCCAUCAUUCAAAGGAGUUGCACUCAAAGCUUUAUCGUCAAAAUAUGUCGAGACAAGCGGCUCUAUAGAAAGUGACAUUCUCGAGUUAUUUAAUGACUUCUUGCAAAAUGAGCUUGAGCAAUUGAAUGAGAGUACAAAGCCUACUUGCUAUGGAUGUGGAGAGCGUGGACAUAUCAAGGGUCAUUGCCCUAAUCGAAAAUUCAAGAAGUCCAAAUGCCGAAAGCAAUCAAACUCUAGCUCCUCUUCCUCAUCCGAUGAUGAAGUAGCCAUUUGUCUUAUGGCUCAAAGUGAAUCCGAAGAGAACACUUUGAAGAACAUAUCCUUUGAAUAUCCAAAGAGAUUCUACUCAAUCCCCUUCUUAUAUCCAAGCAAGGCAAUUGUUUUGAUUGCUAAAUCAUUUCUUGCUUGAGUUUUUCCUCAUUGCUUGAGUCUUUGAGAGAUAUUGCCAUAUUCUAAAGGACAUAAUUGUAUUUGCAACAAUCUACUCCGUGCUGGGAGAAUUACUCGGUUGCGGUUUGUUUUCUUACUUUAUUGUAAGGGAUUUAUAUUCUUGGUGUUGGGAUUACACCAAGUGGUAGAAAUCCUAACAGUUUGUGAAAUCAAACGUUAGGUGGAAG